AUGCCUGGCUUCGUCGCGAUGAUCUCGGUCUUUGGUGUCGUCCUGGUAGAGAUGUUUUUUGCCAUGAAAGGCGCAGGCCAUGUCCAUGGAAGUGAAUAUGAUCAAUUGAUCAGUGAUGAGCAGGUUGAUGAGAUGAAUUACUCGCAGCUUGCACCAACGGACAACAUUCACCUCUCACCGAUGCUUGAGAACGUGGACUUAAGGAAUCUCAGCCCAGAGAGCUCUUCAACCAAUCUCGUCAAGGACGAUCCGGUUCCGCCCCUUAACGAGACGGGCGAGAAUCAAGCUCCUCGCGUCGAAAGGAAUUGCCGAUCAGUGUCUAAUGCGGAUCCUAAAAUGACUCUGCAGAAUCCUCAAAGACAGCUCUUGCAAUGCCUCCUCCUUGAAGCUGGUAUUCUCUUCCAUAGUGUUUUCAUUGGAAUGGCCGUCAGCGUUGCCACGGGUACGUCCUUCAUAGUUCUCCUAGUGGCAAUCUGCUUCCACCAAACAUUCGAGGGCUUCGCUCUGGGUGCUCGCAUUGCAUCGCUAAUCCCUGAUCUCUUUCCACCGUCGUCCAUGAAACCGUGGUUGAUGUCUCUUGCCUACGGAACCACAACCCCUAUUGGACAAGCGAUCGGCCUGAUUUUACAUAACUUCUACGACCCUGCCAGUGCCACUGGCCUUUUGAUGGUCGGGAUCACAAACGCAAUCAGCAGCGGAUUGUUACUUUUUGCCGGCUUGGUAGAGCUCUUGGCUGAGGAUUUCUUGAGCGAGGAAAGUUACGUGACUUUACGGGGCAAACGACGCUUUGAAGCCUGUAUAGCAGUUGCUGCUGGUGCGCUUUUGAUGGCAUUUGUUGGUGCAUUUGCUUAA